GCAACCGAGAUGCAGUAGACGACACUCUCUCCAUGGUACUAGUUGCAGUCCGACAUUCUCUUGGUACACUGUGGUGCGAGUUUUGUUAGACGUUGCCUUGGACACAUACCGGCUCAUUCGAGGGCCCGCCUGAUGAUGGAAGAAAAGAACGUUGACCAACGAGGAGAGGUUAAACACCGAAACGUGUGCAGAAAACUUUUCCAAGAUGAUGAUGAGGAACCAAAGUCGCCAAACAGCGAAAACAAUAAAGGACAAACGAACGGCGAGAACGACAACUUUGCCAAUUGUCUGUUCGAAGAAGCUCGACGAAAUCUAGAAAAUGCCAAGGAAAAGUGGAACUUCGAUUUCGAGAACGAAGUGCCGCUGUCUGGUCGUUACGAAUGGGUGAAACUCGACCGUGACGGAAACGAAAUCUCUGAUUCCGCGCAGUUGAAUAACGGGGUAUGUGAUUCACACGAGGAGCAGCCGAAGGAGGCAGCAGAAGUGAAUACGCAAGAAAAGUGACCAUCAGACGCAAUUAACAAGAAUAAACAGACAAGAAUUAAAAAAAAAAGAAAGAAAGGAAACGGAUCAAAUAUAUGGAGUCUCUAUCGUGAUAUUAUUCGAGCUAUUAUAGUAGAUAGAUCGUAGAAAGAUUUAGCAUCGACGAUAUGAAAUUUUGUAUUUUACAAUUAACAACUCAUCUUCCACAGCUAUGGAAGAUCGAGAAGAUAUGAAAGACAAGAAUGAUUCGUACGUUUGUUUACAAGAAAGUUCGAUCUUUAUUACGCGAAUAACGUGAACGAUCAAUUUUCAAAUCCUAUAAAUAUAUGUGAUAAAUUAGCGAUUUUUCAAACGAUUAAAUCAGUAGUAUAUCGAUUAAACUCGAUUAUAUUAAUUGAUUAUUAAGGAAAUUAUUUAUUUGUACAAAUUCUAGUCAAGCGAGUUGUGGGAGAUGUCCCUCGCAAGAACCAAAAUAAUUUUCAUAUAAGUUAUAGUAAAUCGAAAUUUAUAGGUAAAAUAGAACAAAACAAUUUGGUGCCCAAAUAAUACAUUAAUUUUUGUAGCAUCGCGUGACAUUAUUUUAAAUAUUUAACCAUGGGAACGUGCAAUGCACGCGAUAGUACUCGAGUGAUAUUUUACUUACGGAAGACAAGAGAAAGAAUAUGUACAAUAAUAUAUGGAAAAAAGAUAGAAUAAAAUAUAUACGUGUCUGCAUUAUUUAUUAAA